GCGCGUCCAAGCGCCCCCUUACUCCCUGCUCGUCAUGUCCGCCCGCACCAGCCCCAGCGGCCUCGGCGGCCCCAGCGACGAGUCCUCUCUCCUCGACAAGCUCGAUCAGUUCGCCCCCGCACCCCUCAAAAGCUUCGACGCCUUCCCCAAGCUGCCGUCCACCUACAAGUCGCGCUCCGAGUCCCGCGGCUUUCUUACCCUCUUCGUCGGCCUCCUUGCCUUCUUGCUCGUCCUGAACGACAUCGGCGAAUUCGUCUGGGGUUGGCCGGACUACGAAUUUAGCGUGGACCGCGAUGCGGAGAGCUUCAUGAAGGUGAACGUCGAUCUCGUGGUCAACAUGCCUUGCAAAUAUCUGAGCGUCGAUCUCAGAGACGUCAUGGGGGACAGGAUGUAUCUUAGCAAGGGUUUCCGUCGGGACGGGACCCUCUUCGACAUCGGUCAGGCUACUACGCUCAAGGAACACGCCGAAGCGCUCUCCGCUCGCCAGGCUGUCUCCCAAUCUCGCAAAUCCCGCGGCUUCUUCUCGCUCUUCAAACGCGCCCCGCCGACGUACAAGCCGACAUACAACUACCAGCCCGAUGGGAGCGCGUGCCGGGUCUAUGGGUCGCUCGACGUGAAGAAGGUGACGGCGAACCUGCACAUCACGACGCUCGGUCACGGCUACGCGAGCUCGGUCCACGUGGACCACAACGCGAUCAACAUGUCACACGUCAUCACUGAGUUCUCUUUUGGGCCCUAUUUCCCCGAGAUAACCCAGCCGCUCGACAACUCAUUCGAGAUCACACCAAGCCCCUUCACGGCGUACCAGUAUUUUCUCCGCGUCGUGCCGACGACCUACGUCGCCCCGCGCUCCGACCCGCUCAUCACGAACCAGUACAGCGUCACAUACUACACCCGCGUGCUUGAGCACAACCGCGGCACGCCCGGCAUCUUCUUCAAGUUCGACAUGGAGCCCAUGCGGCUCACGAUCCAUCAGCGCACAACCACCCUUGCGCAAUUCCUCAUCCGGUGCGUGUCCUGGGCCGGCGUCGUCGGCGGCGUAUUCGUCUGCAGCGCCUGGGCCCUCCGCAUCACCACGCGCGCCGUCACCCUCGUCGCCGGGCCCUCCGACGAGGACACCAUCGCGCCCACCCCCGACUCAGCCGCCACGCGCGCCUCGGGGCUCCGCCGCAAAUGGGUCGGUGGCGCCCUCCGCGCGCGCCCCGCCUCGGGCACUGGCCAGGGCCGCGUCGUGCGCCAGGGCAACAGCUGGGUC